AUGGUGUCUUGCUUCGUUCGUACCUUCGUUCCUUCGAACGUUCCUUCGAAGGAACGAAACGAAGUAUUUAUAUAAGGUAUUCUGUAUUUCAAUCAUGUGGGAACCCACUCUUUCCAUUUUUUGUCCCGUGCCAAUAACAUUCUACACUUGCUCGUGGGAAGUUAUCUCGACCGGUUGGGUGGCAGCGACGAGAACAGGAAAUUACACGCUCCAAGAAAAAGUACGCAGGGCAAGCUUUUGAAGAGUUGGUUUUAUAUGAUUCUUCGGCAAACACUGCUGGUUUCAGGUUGAAAAAAAUUAUCAUCCAUCUCCCCCCAUGACAGGGAGUUGUAUCCGUGUUUAGGGUCAUAUGCGGAAUAAUUGAUCGGUGAAUACAAGCGAGGCCUUCCGCCAACAAAUAUAUGUCAUGCAUUCGUACCUUUUCGAUCUUCGCAAAUUCCCACUCUUUGUUCUGUGCAAAAUAUUGCUUGUCAGAGGGAAAUGUGACGAAGCGCAAAAAAAACAUACACAAAGAGGACAGUUGCUUCGGGUACGCAGCCAUUUCGAUAUGCAAUCGAGGUGGAAAACAUGCCCACAGUUACCCCAGGCAAUGCUCAGACCUUCUUCUGACGCUGAAGAUGGAUUUGCCUGAUAUUCGAUGCUUGGUUCAUGCAAACUGUUACGGCAAAUAGCGCAAGUAUCGGUGCAAAUUGACCAAGACCACACGGCAACUGCGUUCCACUGUCACACGAAAGCUCAGAGUCGCGAAAUGCUAAGUUGGAAAUGCAUAUGCACUCACCCUUUUUACUUCAAAGUUUUUCUUAUGUGUCGCCAUGGGAAAGGAAAGUCUGUUCUCGCCUGUUCAAACUUUUGCAUCAUAUAUAGAUCCUGGGCAAAUAUUUUUUUGCUUUCGAAACACUAACUUUUAAUUUCACCGAAUAUCGAUCUCCGUCU